CCAACAUCCAGUCGGGCGACCGACCCGGAGGUAUUAAGCCUGGCGUCAUCCCAUCCACGUUGGAUCCAUCACCAUCACCAUCUCCCGCACCAUCACAUCCAACAAACAACAUGGGCAUUUACACUCAGCUCCCCUCAGGCAUCGACGAGGUCGACAUCAUCGUCGCCGGCGGCGGUACCGCGGCGUGCGUCGUUGCGUCCAGACUCGCCGAUGCCGACCCGUCGCUGUCGAUCCUCGUCGUCGAGGGCGGGCAGAACAAUCAGGGCAACCACUUGAUUGCAUUCCCGCUGCUGUUCCCAACUGCGCUGCUUCCCACCAGCACGGCGACCCUGUUCUACAAGGGCAAUGCCGAGCCCCAGUUGGAUAACCGCGAGAUGACCGUCCCCGCCGGUGGUGUGCUGGGCGGAGGCUCGUCUAUCAACUUGAUGAUGUACAGUCGUGCUCAGCGCCAGGAUUGGGAUUCGUGGGCUACCCCUGGAUGGUCUGCAGAUGAGAUGAUCCCGUUCUUGAAAAAGCUGGAGACAUAUCACGGCCCUGGCCCGGAUUCUGUCCAUGGAAAAGAUGGCCCUAUCGUGGUGUCUCAGGGAACGUUCCGCUCGGAGCGUGCGACAGAUCAAUUCAUCGCCGCCGCCAACGAGGUCGGCUACCCGACGGUCCAGGAUCUGCAAGACCUCGACACCAGCAACGGCGUUCAACGGGCCCUCCGCUUCGUCGGCACCGAUGGCCGCCGCCAGGACGCCGCCAGUAACUACUUGCAUCCGCGGCUGGAAGACGGAGCACACCCGAACCUGCACGUCCUCGUUGAGACCAAGGUGAUCAAGAUCCUGUUCGAGGGCACACGAGCGGUGGGCGUGGAGUUCACGCCCAACCCUGCCUUCCAAAAGGACAACACCACCGUCCAACGCGUCACGGCCAGGAAGCUUGUAAUCGGCUCCUGCGGCGCUCUCGGAACCCCAUUGCUUCUCGAGCGGUCCGGCCUCGGCGACGAAGCCGUGCUCAACAAGGCCGGCGUCCCUGUCGUCGCCCAUAUUCCUGGAAUCGGCCGGAACUACCAGGACCAUCACCUCCUGACCCAGCCAUACUACAGCGCCCUGGAGCCCAGCGAGACGUUCGACGCCCCCCUGGCCGGUCGAAUCAACAUGGAAGAGCUGAUCAAAUCCAAUGCGCCCAUCAUGGGAUGGAACGGCCAAGACGCCUCCUGCAAGCUGCGUCCCACCGCGGCCGACGUCACUGCCCUUGGCCCUGAAUUCGAGGCCGCAUACGCAAGGGACUACCUCUCCACUCCCAACAAGCCCCUCGCGCUAAUGGCCCUAUUGGGCGGCUUCCCCGGCGACCCGACCGCCAUCGAGCCAGGCCAAUACCUCGCGACGUCGACGUUUACGGUCUACCCCUACGCGCGAGGGCACGUGCACAUCACCAGCGGCGAUCCCGACGCGGAGAUCGCGUUCGAGACGGGGUUCCUGAACAGCGAGCUGGACGUCAAGAAGCUGGUCUGGGCGUACAAGAAGCAGCGAGAGAUCGUGCGCCGAAUGGACGCCUACCGGGGGGAGUUUGUGGGCGCGCAUCCGCCGUUCGCUGCGGAUUCGGCCGCCGCCCUGGUCAAGCUGGACCGGCCCAAUGACAAGAACAUCGCCGACAUCGAAUACACGGCAGAGGACGACACGGUCAUCGAGGGCUGGGUGCGCAGGAACGUCGGCACCACCUGGCAUUCGCUGGGGACGUGCAAGAUGGGCGCGCUGGCGGAUGGCGGCGUGGUGGACCCCGACCUUAAUGUGCAUGGCAUUGAGGGCCUGAAGCUCGUGGACCUGAGUGUCGUUCCUCAGAACAUUGGCGCCAACACGGCUACCACUGCAUAUGCCAUUGGGGAGAAGGCAGCGGCCAUCAUUGUGAGAGACCUUGGGCUUGCAUGAGCCGGUGUGAUUGGUGAAAACACCACUGGCGUGUAUUUUGGUCAAGCAGGACGGAACUUCAAGGCUGGUGGAUAUGUGUAGAAAGCUCAUGAUCUAUUGCGGACCGGGCAGGCGAGGUUAUCUGCGUAAUUAUUUUGCUAAGCACUCGACACUCCUCCUUUGAGACUUUUAUAAUGCGUUCAUGCGUGAUAUAAGGUGAUGGGACAAGUAUAAGCCGCUGGAGGAAUAUAUGAAAUCCG